AUGUCGAGCGAUAUGGACACCCAAGUCUCGAGCGGGACGGAGAUGGGAGUCUCAUUACCUUUCCUGCAAGCAGCACGCCAGCUGAACUACGACCGUUUGAGUUUGUUGAUCGCUGAAGGUCAUCAUCCCAACAGACGCGAUGAAAAUGGCUAUACGGCUUUGCAUCGGGCUAUACUUGAAUGCCCUGAAGACCUAACUACCGUUGCCAUGCUGCUGACGUACGGAGCAAAUCCACAUGCUGUUUUCAAGGAUCGGAACAGCUUACGCGAAAUAACACCCUUACACUACGCUGCCAUAAGGGGAGAUGUUGGGCUUGUGUCCCUCUUCCUCCAUCAUGGAAAAAGUGACCCGGCCCCUCGAAGCCUCAAAUAUUGGACCACCCCCCUCGAGGAUGCCAUCAGCAAUGGUCAUCUCACGGUGGUGGCAAGAUUUAUUGAAUUCUUCUCGAGCAGUCAGCUGCUGAACAAGCCGUCCCGCGGAAUAGAUGAAUCUAUCAUAUUGUCCGCGAGACUCUGGUACUCGAAGGCAUUGUCGCUGCUACUCGACUACAAGAAGCACCACUUGUUUCCCAGUCCUCAUGGGCCCGACGUUCUCAAGCAUGCCUUUUGCGAAGCUAUCCGAUCUGAAGCUUGCAACUCCAGCGUUCAGGGCAUUGGUGAGCGAACAGGAGGUCCCGGAGAUAAUACUCCUUCUAAAUGCGCAAACCUCCUUCUUCAAGCCGGAGUGCGCUUCAGGGACGAUGAAAUGGAUCGACUUCUCAGCAUAACCUGCAGCAACGCCCAUCUGAUCGGUGUUACCCGCCUGCUAUUGAACCUGGGUCCCCGAGUGACUGCUCAUCACAUUACCCGUGCCAUAGAGAGCCAGAGUUAUCACAUGGUGAAAAUCGUUACCAAAUAUGUCAUCACCAGUGACGGAGAAGACGCAAUCAAACGCGACAGUGAGCCUGACCUCAUCCAGUACGCUGCAAGUCACGGCAGCCUCGACGCCUUCGAAUACCUAGCCACCGAGCUCGGUACCGCUUCAUCUCAGAGCCAAUCUAUCGCCACGACCGAGAGCCGCAAAACCCCUCUUAUCCAUUACGCCGUGUGGGGCCUCCGCAUCGACGUUGUCCAGCAUCUUCUCUCCACGCAAGGCGCCGACGUCAACGAGCAAGACGAAUAUGGCCACUCACCACUGAUGUAUGCUUUCGACCUCGCACAAGCAAGCGACGAGAACCCAUGCCUGGCUAUAAUCCAGCUCCUGAUGCAGUACGGUGUUGAUGUGAAAGCCCGUUCGAUCGAGGGUCUCACUGCUCUGCAUCUCGCCGUCAGACUAGGAAUCACCCCGGCUGUCCAGCUCCUCCUCUCGAAUGGGUGUGAUCCCAAUGCUAAAACAACCACCGGCAGCGAUCUGUAUCUCAGACGGAGCCCCAGCUCUUGGAGCCCAGAGACUACCGCACGCAACCGAACCGCAUUGCAUUGGGCUGUUGAUCGGUUGGCGAAUGUUUCCUACGAUGUUGUUAGACUUUUGCUCCAUUACGGCGCUGAUAUGAAUGCUGAGGACGGAAAUGGUGUCACGCCUUUGAACCUUCUGCUCGGCGAGGGAUGGUGCAUUAAUAGAGCUUGGGAGUCUCGUAUGGCGGUUGUCAACCUCUUCCUGACCUUUGGUGCAAACAUUGACAUCAAAGAUAUGAGCGGGAUCACGGCGCGUCAGAGGAUCCGUCAGCGAGAGGCGGAGUUGUGUGCCCCUGUUGUUGACUAG